AGAAUAAACGUUUUAAUUUUGGUUCAGUGACAUGUUAUGGAAAUGCGACAGCGAACGUGAACUGUCCUAAAGAUCAGUUCAUGGUGGUCAAGACUGCAUCUUACCGUGGAUUGUCUGACUCAAAGACAUGUGGUUUGAGUGAUGAUUAUAGUUGUACAGUUGAUGUAACAUGUCUUGUUAAAAAACAAUGUGAUGGUCAACAUGAGUGUAAAAUAACUGUGAAUGAAACCUUGUUCUCUGAUGAUCUGUGUCCUGGAUUGAAAAAAUAUCUUUACUUUGAAUAUCAAUGUAUUGAUACUGUGAAAUCUUAUAGCGUUGUUUGUGCCCCAGAAGGUCCUCCACUGAACGUCAAAGUCACUGCAGAAAGUUCAUCCUCAUUAUCAGUCACGUGGGAUCUUCCUGAAGAAGAGAAAAGAAAUGGCGUGAUCGCCAAUUAUACUGUGUGUAUCUCACAUGAAGAAACUAAACCUUGCUUUAAAGAACAUACUACAGAGAAGAUGAUGUUAGUCAUCGACAGUUUGAAUGCAUCAACCAAAUAUUAUGUUCGUGUUCUUGCAAGUACUAAAGUUGGUCGAGGAAACUACAGUAAAAGUCAGGGAAUAUUUACAAAUGGAGAACGAACAGGGAUGGCCACAAAUAAAACCAAUACUACAUUAACAUUCCUAUUACAAAGCCCUUCGGAAAAUUUUACAUAUUUUUACGUCGUGGCUUUGAAACGAAAAAACAAUGACAAACUUCCAUCACCCAGCAGUUACGAUAACAAAGAUCUAGUGACAUACGAAAAAGCUAAAACGUCAGCUGACCCAAAACCUUAUAUUGCCGCCGUCAUAACAAGCAGGGAUAAAAACAUGUUUAUACUUGGUGAUGGUGGAAAUACAAGUUCUCAAACAACACGAAGACGAAGAUCAACAACAAUUGAUUAUUAUAAUGGACCACUGGAGUCUGGAGCAAGUUACAGUAUUUUUCAAAGGAUCUUUCUCCAUGACAAGAGUGAAUUUUACUCCACGGAUUGGAGCCCUGCUUCAACAACGACUGUUAGAAAAACAACAGUUGGAAAGACGACAACGUCAGCAACAAGCACUCCCAAAGCAAUCACAACUGACUCAAGCACCACCACAAAGAGUGAUGGAAACGACGAUACUAAGAGUGAUAAUAUUCCAAUAAUUGCUGGUGCAGCAGGUGGUGGGUGUCUUCUUCUUAUCCUGGUUGUAGUCGUGAUCAUUCUGUGUAGAAGAAGACGCAAAGACGAAAAAGAUCAUUACGAUGAAGUAGAUUAUAAACUCGAAGAGAAACCAAGAGUUGCUUCACCCGCGAUCAACGAGGGAUAUCUUGAUCCUAACGACGGUGAUCUUGAUCCCAAAGAGUCUAUUGAAGUACAACAAAACCCCACCGUUGCUGGAGCAGAUGAAGUAGACGUUAGUCCAGUUGGGGAGGAGAAGACAUAUCCUUCAGAUUUUGCAGCUGGUGAUAAAAAUAUCUAUGGUAACCAAGAAGCUGUUGUUGCGAGGAUUCAUAAUCCUGUUCCUGUUGGCGAAUUCAGUGAUUACGUGAACAACCUGAGACAAAACGAUAAAAAAGAUUUCAAGCUGGAAUUUGAGGAUUUACCAACUGCCCACAUUUCCAAAGGAGACAUCUCAAAACGAGCGUUUAACCGACCGAAAAACAGAUACGGCAACGCAGUCACAUAUAAUGAUUCUCGUGUCAUUUUGUCUGGUGACGAAAAAUCAGAUUACAUCAAUGCUUCGUACAUCAACGGAUUGGUGGAGAAGAGUUACAUCGCUACACAAGGACCAAAACCAGCAACAGUGAAUGAUUUCUGGAGGAUGAUUUUUGAACACAAAUGUCCAACAAUUGUCAUGUUGACCACAUUGAAAGAAAUGGCAAAGGUAAAAUGUGAGAAAUACUGGCCCGAUGACUCUGGUUUGUAUGGAGAUAUCAAAGUGACUGCCAGAAAAACAAGAACAUUUGCUGAUUACGUUACUCGGAUAUUCACUGUUGAGAAGGGAGGUGAACAACACGGAGUUCAACAGUUUCACUUCAAAGCAUGGCCAGACUUUGGUGUUCCUCACUACCCAACACAGAUUUUAACUUUCAGAGGACAUUUCAAGUCUUUUCAUGAGACUAAAACUGGGUCAGCUGUCAUUCAUUGCAGUGCUGGAGUUGGUCGAACAGGAGUGUUCAUUGCUGUGGACAAGAUUUUGGAUGAUCUUGACAAAGAAAAGAAAGAUGUGAUCGAUGUCUUUGGCUUUGUGAAGGACAUGAGAACAAGACGAAUGAACAUGGUGCAAACUGCUGAUCAAUAUGUGUUUAUUCAUGAUGCAAUCGUUGAUCACAUCAAGUGUGGAGCGAAUGAAGUUCAAGCAACGCAUGUGAAAUUCGAGAUCAAGAAAUUAUCAGAGCAAACUAACGAAGGUCAGACUGGAUUCGAAGAGAAGUUUAAGCGUUUGAACACAGUCUCGCCGAAGUUGAUGGAGGAUCAAUGCGAAGCAGGACUUUUGGAGGAGAACAAGAAGAAGAAUCGAAAGGAACACAUUUAUCCAUCUGAGUCUGGUCGUGCUUGUCUCAGUCAUAUUGAAAAUGUCGCAAACUCGGAUUAUAUAAAUGCUUGUUUUGUCGAUGGUUAUCUUGGCAAGAAUUAUUUUAUCGCUACACAAACACCUCUGCAGGAGACGAUUAACGACUUUUGGAGGAUGGUGACAAAAUAUUGUUCGUCAACAAUCGUCAUGUUAAAUCAGUUGGGUGAGGACGAGGAAUACCCAAUGUUUUGGCCAACCCAAAGAGCUAAACCACAGUCAUUUGGAACCACCACAGUAAUGUUGGAUUCUUUCGUCAAAAAAGAAAAUAUUGUUGUUAGAAAAUUCAUCGUUUCACCCUCAGCGGAUUUGAAAAGUGGUCACAUGCUAAGAUUGGUUCAAUACAUGUCGUGGCCAGACCAUGGAGUUCCAGAAAAUGUUAACGAUAUUGUGAAACUUUUGUCUGAAGUUGAGGACGCAAAAAGAGCAGCAGAAAAGAAGGGACCAAUCAUUGUUGUUUGCAGCGAUGGUGCUGGAAGAAGUGGAACGUACAUUGCAAUUUCUAAUCUUGUGGACAGAGUGAAAGUUGUUCAAGUCAUUGACGUCUUUCAAUGCAUCAAAUUGAUCCGUGCAAAGCGUCCACAGUUCGUUGAGACCGCGGCUCAAUUCAAGCUCUGUUAUGAAGCAGUUUCAGCUGUUUUGAAUUCCUUUAAUGAAUAUUCAAACUUUAGCGAUACUUAA